CGCUCCAGCGUUUUGUGAGGAAGGUUGCGUUGAAUCUCUCUUACCUAAAACGCGCGCGUAUCACGUGCUACCGAAAAACAAUUCGAAUCAUUGGACCUCCAUAGAACUAUCCAAUUAUGCUCCCUCGCAAUAGAUAACAACUAUCACAGUGUUAAUCAAUAUUUCCCGAAUCCAGAAUGAUACUGAAUAUUAAUAAUUUCAUAACGAAAGUUGCUAGUGUUUAAUAAAAUAUUCAGAUGAUUCCCUAUCUCUCAGAACUUCACCUAUGGUGAUCAGACUCCAGACUCCUUGCUGUUAUCUUGGAUAUCUUGCAUUGUUCUCGUUGCUAGCAUAAUGGAGAAAAGAACAACUACGUCGAGAAGUGGAAGGUAUCUCAAAAUUGGCAUCUUUCAGCUGGUCACACUCAUGUGUCAAGCGGUGACUGAGGAGCCAAGGUUCGCCGAGCCCAUUCCAAACGUGACUGUUGCACUAGGCAGAGAUGCCUCGCUACCAUGCGUUGUCGACCACCUCGGAAAUUAUAAAGUAGCCUGGAUCCACAUAGACCGGCAGAUGAUUCUGACAAUACACAGGCACGUGAUAGCACGAGUGCCACGCUUCAGCGUGACGCAUGACAACCAGAAGACGUGGCUGUUGCACGUGAGCAGUGUGCAGCAGGAGGACAGGGGCUACUACAUGUGCCAGGUCAACACCAACCCCAUGAUCAGCCAGGUCGGAUACCUGCAGGUUGUUGUUCCGCCGAACAUAGUGGACGCAGACAGCACGCCGUCGUCUGUGGCGGUCCGGGAGAACCAGAACCUGACGCUGACGUGUCGAGCGAAUGGCUUCCCCACGCCAAAGCUCAGCUGGCGUCGAGAGGACUCACAGCCUAUUUCCGUCGACCGCAGGAAAAAAGUGUCGACAUUCGAGGGUGAAUCGCUGAACUUGACCAGGAUCAGUCGGACGGAGAUGGGUGCAUACCUGUGCAUUGCCAGCAACGGGGUGCCUCCUUCAGUUAGUAAACGAAUCAUUGUUGACGUAGAAUUUUCGCCAAUGAUCUGGGUCCCGAAUCAGCUGGUGGGUGCGCCGUCGGGCACAGACGUCACCCUGGACUGCCACACGGAGGCCUACCCGCGUGCCAUCAGCUACUGGGUCUACCAGAGUGUGAUGCUGCUGCCCACCCAGAAGUACACCACCGAGACCUCGGAGAACAGCUACCGCGCCCACAUGAAGCUCACCGUUCGCGGCCUCCAAUCGUCCGACUUCGGCAACUACCGAUGCAUCUCCAAGAACUCGCUAGGAGAAACUGAGGGAUCUAUUCGAUUAUACGAAAUUCCCAUGCCGUCUUCCCCGCCUAAACCAACCAAAGUUAUAAGCGGAGCUAGCAAAGAAGAGCGAGUGUCGGUGAAUCGGGAAGGGGGUGUUCAAUCACCGCCCCCCAGUAGUCGAGCCCCCACGGCGAGUCUGCCGCCCCCGGGUCCCCCCGCCCCCCGGCCACCAAAGCCCCCUGUCAAUGGCACCCCUGGUGCUGCCUCCUCAACAGGUUGUCGAAGAAUAGUGAAGUGGACGCAGCCCUUCUUGGUGGCAACUGGGAUAUUCAUGUUUUUGGCAACUCCCUAAGAUUUCUCCAAAAAUACCAUUGAUAGAGCAAGCGUCCAUCCAAACCUCACGCUAACAACCAUUGGCAACUUUCAUUGAAGUGGAUUCACUAUUCAUUGUUGGAAAUAUCAUCAUUAAACACUCAUGAAGAUGUAUUCAUUCAAUCAUUCUUAAUACUACAUAAUUGUACUCGUAAUCAAUCUACAGUAUAAAUGGAUGUAUGAUGAACAUAAUUUUAAUAAAGAAGAUUAAAGGGUAAUCAGGUGGAUAUGAUUGAUAAUCUAUUCUUUGAUGAAUUUCCAUUAUUCGAUCAGUACAGGACACAAUUAUCCUAUUAAUACACUGAAUAUUGUGGUUAUAAUAGAUAAUUAUGAGAAUUUGACUGUCUGGAGGCUCAAAUAAUCAAAACCUGAUUCUGAUGAUAUUGAAAAUAGGCUUGAAUAGUGAAUAUGCAAUUGAAGUGAGUUGAGACUUAUUAUCCCAAGUAUUCAACAGAUUCAUUGUUACAUAACAGAUUAUUCCGAUGGAGAAGAGCAGAACUCCCAGUAAUUUUGUUUUAAAUAUUUAUUAGUCAUAUACAUUUUUGUACGACAUUUUUAUGACAACAUAAAAUCAUUGCUAAAUCCUUGGCUCAAUUAGAGAACUAUUUAAUUUGAAUACUUGGUUGGUCAAUAUAAUAAAUCUAUGAGUGUCUUUCCCAAUCAUGAGAAUCGCUUUAUGAUAAAAAAUUCAAUCUCCAAUGUAUAUUUGUAUAUUUUAUGCUGUGUAAAUUGUUCAUUGUUAAUAUUGUAAAAUCAAUUAUGUAAACUGAAAUAUAAUUUAUCACGAAAAGUUUAAUAAUAUGUUGAUAAUAUGCUCAGAGUAAGGAUUCUAUGGAGGCAUUGGACAGCAUUCACCCAGUUGACCGGUUGUUGGUUUAGUUAGUAAAUAGAUAAAUAUCAAUUUAUGUUUCGAAUCAGAAUUAAAUUUUUCUCUACUGUUCGUGAGUUCAAUAUAUUUUUAAUCAGUAAAAGUUUGCCUGAUAACAUCCAAAGAGCUUUGCUGUUCAUCGUUUACAGGAAUAAAAUAAUUAAAUGAAUGUAUACAAUCUAGGUAUAUCUCUUUUACACUUUCGAGUUUUAACAUUUCGCCCCUAUUUCACUCGUCAAAUAAUGUUUUUUUUCUUUUUGUGAAAUUUUCAGGAAUCAUAUUUUGUUGUUUUGUCCGUAUUGUGAUAUUGAUAUACCCAUGUUUAACUUCAUAAACUACUGGUCCACCGUAUUUCCUAAUUAUCAUGCGUUUUUUUUUUUAUUCAAUGAAUAACAGAAUUGAUGAAGUGGUUGAAGCUAGAUUGAGAUAGAAUCUGCGAGACUCUUUUGAUCAUAUAAGUGAGUUCUGUAUUCAAUAAUUCCAGAAAAUCUAUCCUGUACUGGGUGGCUACAUUCUACUUAAUCAGAAAUAUCUCUUGAACAUCAGACAUAUUUAGUUUAAGUUUGUCUUCUCGAACAGAAAGAAGCUAGCAUUGUAAAUCAGAAAAUCACAAAUUAAUCGCAUUGACUUUUUCUUUCAAGAUUUUUAUUCAAAACCAACAUAUCAAUGUAAAUUUUCAAACUAUUAUGUAAAAAGAAACAUACUUGAUUAGGAUAAGAGAAUAAGAUAAUAAGUAAUAAUAAUAUCCAAUCAUUUGUACCCCAAUAUUCAUGUGUAAAUAAUAGGCCUAAACUAGAAGAUAUUGAUAAUAUUGUAUUAUAUUUAAGUUCGUUUCCUUCUAAGAAAGUGCUAGGUUUGGAGCCACUCAUUCGAGCUCUAUGUUCAACAAAUAUCGAAUGAACUAGACUAACGAUUGUUUGAAUAAAGUAUAAAAAUGUUUCGAAACUUAUUUGUUAAUUUAGCUUGUUAUGAUGAAUUGUUUAUUAUUCAUGGAAGCGAAUAAAAUGUUUUAGGAUUGAUGAA